AGUCCCCGAACUUAAGUCGGUCUUAAACUUAGACUUAAGUUUUUUUCGUGAUACGACCUCCAGUAGUCAACUGAGAUGUCUUACUCAUAAAAUAACAGAAUAUUUUGUCGGUAAAAAAUAACAACGAAAUUAGAGUUUUGCCAUUUUAUUUUUAUUUUAAAAUGUUCACUUUAUUCUUAUUAUUAUUUUUUAGGUUCAUUUUUGGAUCAACACUGUUUUUCAACGAAUGAUGCUCCCUGUAAAACGUGUCAGCAACCAUUACAAGAUCACGUUCGACAAAUUGUUCAUGGUGAAAUGAAAUUAGUCAUUCGCAUAAAACAUGUUGAUAAAACAACAGCAAAUCUUCAAAAAACACCUCAAAAAGGAAUUUAUAUGUGGAGUUAUUGUGAACAUUGUCGAGAGUCUUCUACAAAACGUCUAAUGUCUGUUCGUACAUCAACAAUGUCAUUUACAAAGUUUCUUGAACUUUUAUUCUAUUUGGAAAAUUAUUGUUGUGCUCGAACUAGUCAACCAGUACAAAAAAUUGUGUAG